AUGGCUCUUGGUCGUCGUGUGUCUACGGCAAGACGUUCCAGAGCAAUUCAUUGGGCAGGCGAAAUAUCCAGACCAUGGAUCCAGAGAUCACCAAAAGGAGAGAAAUGGGCUAUCCGCCGGAAACUCAUCAAACCAUCAUUCGACGUGAUCCACAUUGCCAAUCUGGACAAUCGAAGCCUUGGGAGACAUGUUGAGCGGCUUAUGGAUCUGAUACCUCGAGACACCUCGACCGUAGAUUUGAUGCCUCUGUUCAGACGCUUGAAUUUGAAGACUGGAAUUGGAAGUGAAGAUAACCACUUUAGAAUCAUCGACGAGAUGGCAAAAGCAACUCAAGACCGUCUUACCCUUCGCUUUCAGAUGCAUAAUCUCUUUACCCCAGCGCACGAUGGAGCCGCCAUCACCCUCAGUAAUGCGUUUUUCCACCUCUCCCGAAACCCUGGGGCCUGGGCCAAGCUGAGAGCAGAAAUAUUACCUACCAAGAGAUCGAGCAUCACUUAUGACUUGCUAAAGACAUAUGGAUAUCUCAAGAAUGUGAUACAUGAGACACAUCGGGUCACACCACUCUCAACAUUGAUUUCUAGACAAUGUAUCAAAGAGGUUGUUCUACCUAGUGGCGGAGGAAAAAAUGGAAAGGCACCUCUUUACGUCCAGCAAGGAGAUGUUGUAGAGAUGAAUUUCCGAUGCACCCUUCGAGAUAAAGAAUUCUGGGGAAAAGACGCCGAUGAGUUUAGGCCUGAAAGAUGGGACAAUUUGAUGCCGACUUGGGAGUACACUCCAUUUGGUGGCGGUCCACGAAUCUGUCCAGGCUUCCGUCUUGUUUCCGCAAAGACUGCAUACAAGAUGGUGACGAUUUUGAGGGAAUUUGAAAGACUUGAAAGUCGUGACGAUAGGCCAUGGACUGAGGACACGAGAGCGACGUUUCAGAACUUGAAUGGGUGUAAAGUCGCUCUUUUUCCUGCUCAGACAGUGUAGCUCUGGAGCUAAUAAUGUACGCUAAUACGAUCACCUGUAUUUCAUAUU